ACUGCUAGCUACCCGCAAUUUAGCUUUCUUGUCCUCACCGAGAUUUAGCAAUUUUCCCCAAACACGAGUGUGCAAGAUGCAAAGUGUAAUCGUUAAACGUCCCCGCAGCCACUGAAUUACAACUAAUGCACCGCAAAGGAACGUUCCUCCACACUACAAGGCUUCCUAGAUAAUAAAAAAAAAUGUCGGGAAUUAAACGGAAAAUAGAAGAUGGUGAUCCCGACUAUGAAGACAUUGCACUCGUCCAAAAUAGUAAACGAAACAAAGCUGCGGAGUUAAGUGCUCGAGAUGCAACAGUUCAGAAGAUAGAAGCCAUCAUCACUGAGCAGUUUUCUUUGGAGAUGAAGAACAAAGAGCAUGAAAUAGAUAUUAUUAGUCAGCGACUCAAUGAAGCCCGAAGAAUGAUGGACAAGUUGAGAGCGUGCAUAGUGGCCAAUUUCUAUGCCAACGCUGGCAUGACAAAGCUCCAGGAGAGCUCUAAGAGUGACCCCGCAGUGCUCAACCAUCCAGCCAUCCGCAGAUUCUUGGAGUCUCCGUCUCGUUCCUCCUCCCCUCUCAACCAGGGCUCAGAGACUCCUUCACUGGCCCAGUCUGAGUCAGAGUCCCUUUCGCAGCAUGGAGAUGCUACUGACAAGGAUGCAGAGGGAGUGUGGAGAGAGGACAGCGGUCGGUCUGAACGGAGACCUGGUCGCAACACUGGGAAGGAUACAUUUGGUGUGCCAACGCUGCUUGGAAAUGAGCAGAAGUUGACCUACAACACCACUGGAGAUGAGGCAUCCAGACUCUAUGCAAAGAAGACGAUCGUCGUGGGAAAUGUUUCCAAAUACAUUCCUCCCGAUAAGCGGGAGGAGAACGACCAGUCGACUCACAAGUGGAUGGUGUACGUCAGGGGCUCCAGGAAGGAGCCCAGCAUCGACCACUUUGUCAAGAAAGUCUGGUUCUUCUUGCACCCUAGCUACAAACCUAAUGACCUGGUGGAAGUCAGCGAGCCUCCAUUUCAUUUAACCCGUCGCGGAUGGGGUGAGUUUCCUGUAAGGAUCCAGAUCCAUUUUAAAGACCCUCGCAACAAACGUAUCGACAUCAUCCAUCAGCUGAAGCUUGACCGAACUUACACUGGGCUGCAAACACUGGGUGCAGAGACGGUGGUGGACGUGGAGCUUCAAAGGAAUUCUCUUGGCGAGGAAUACAUCUUGCAGUCAUCUUCUUCCAAGGUGACCCACAGAGCGAACAGCCCAAUGACGGCCACCUCGACCUCGCAGCCUUGCGGUCACUCCAGUUUGCCCAUCUCGUAUGAUUUCACUUUCGACAAAGCUUUGAUCAAAGCGGACACAGGUCGGUCAGCAGGAGGUCACGGCUCAGGCCUCACUGCGGGCGAACGCACACCGACACGACCCAAAGCCAGUGAUAGGAUCACUCUGGGUUCCCAUGGAAACUCAGCCUUCCAGCCCAUUACAGCAAGCUGCAAGAUUGUUCCCCAAGGACAGCCGCCUAGCCCCGCUGAGUCUCCUGGGAAGUCGUUCCAACCAAUAACAAUGAGCUGCAAAAUUGUCUCAGGUUCUCCCAUCUCUACACCAAGCCACUCACCGCUGCCUCGCACACCAACCUCCACCACCCCUGUCCACAGCAAACACAGUUCAUCCUCGGUGCUCAACAACCCUUACGUCAUCGUGGACAAGCCGGGCCAAGUGACUGGUGUGGCGACCUCAUCGGCCGCCUCCGCAGGAAGCCCCUCGGCAAAGCAGUCUACUGCUCAGGGAACCCGCUCUCCAGCCCCUAAAGUCCACACAGGAACAUUCCUCUCAUCUGGAAUGAAAGUUAUCAUCAAGCAGGAGCCAGGUGAAGUUUCAACACAGCAGCAGCAGCAGAUGUCUUCCACGGUAACCACCCAACAGCAAUCAGCUGGUACAGCGUCACAUCAGUUUGUCUCAGUCAAAGGAGGACACAUGAUCUCCAUGUCAGCCCAGAAGCAGGGUGGAGGGGGCUCAGGAACCACAACAAACAAGAUGUUAGGUAUUCCCGUGAGUUCAACGCUCCAGUCUGCUGUGAAACAGGUGGCCAUCAGCAGCGGGCAGAUCCUGGUCGCCAAAGGCAACGCCUCUGUCUCUAAGGUGGUGGGUGGAAAGCAGGUUUUGGCUCAGGGGGUAGCAAAAGCCAUUGUCAGCGGAGCCAGCGGCAUCUCGGGUCAGCAGGCGACAGCCAAGGCAGGUGGGGGUUCGAGUGGCAAAACUGGAGUGAUGGCUACUCUUCAACUGCCUGCCAACAACCUGGCUAAUCUGGCCAAUUUGCCUCCGGGCACCAAGCUCUACCUGACCACCAACAGCAAGAAUCCCUCAGGGAAGGGCAAGCUGCUUCUCAUCCCACAGGGAGCCAUCCUCAGAGCCUCUGGUGCAGGUCAGCAGUCUCAGAGCAGCUCAUCAGCAGGCGCAGGGGGCACUCAAACUUCCUCCUCCUCCUCCUCAUCCAGUAGUUUGCCUUCCAACCUCUCCUACACAUCCUACAUCCUUAAACAGACCCCACAGGGCACGUUUCUUGUGGGCCAGCCAUCACAGGGUUCAGGGAAGCAGGGGCAUUCAGGUGUGGCAGCACAUGCACAUACGUCAUCUCCAGCGACUGCUCCUCAGCAGGGCAUCCGGGUCACAGCGGGACAGAAGGCUGCCAUUUUGGCUCAGAUGGUUGGCGGCUCCCAUGGGGCUCAAGUGAAGUUGUCAGAUGGCUAUGUGAAGACGGUGACAGCAGCAGGCCACGUUUCCAAGCCGGGGAUGACCACAUUGAGAAUGACAGGCGGCGUCAUCACUGCCGCAAGCUCCACCCCCAGCUCAGUCAGCGCUUUGGCAGCUGCCAACCAGCAGCAGGCUUCUGAUGGUGGGAAGUCUGCCUCCCAGCACCACUCCCUCCUGAUGGCAGCCAAUCAAGCAGCAGUGAUCAGUGCGGCUAAGAGCGCCAGCGCCGCAGGAGGUGGCGGCUUGUCGAAGACCGCCGUGGCCACCUUGGUCAAAGGUGCCGCAAACUCUGCUGCAAUGACCAAAAGUGCUGCUGGUUCAGCCGGGGCUCCGGUAACCGUUGCCAAGGGUAUAGCCAGCAUGCCUGUUGUCAGCAUGGCCAAGGGUGCGGGUGCUAUGGUGUCCAAAAACGCUAGUACGUCAUUGGUCACGGCAGCAUCGCUGGUCAGUGGGAUGGCGGCGGGAGGAGGAAAGACUGCUUCAACUCUUUCAGGCAUGCUGAAAAUCCACUCUGGCGGUGCCAACUCACAGCAGACAGUCUUGACUAUCCCUGCUAACCAGUUAAAGCAGUUGGGGGUGACCAGUGGGUCAGCAGCGAUGCAGACCAUACUUAUGCCUGUUGGUAAAGUGAAGACGGAGCCAUGUGCUGGCACAGCUGUCACAGCCGGUCCAUCACCCCCGGCAACGGCCCCCGUCUCCACAUCUGUCCACAUUCCGUCUCCAAAUACCACGGUCAAGCAGGAGCAAGGCACCGAUCAUUCUACGCAUGACCUCAUCAACACGGAACACAUAGAGACCAUGAUGCAGCUGAUGACAGCUGUGGUGAAGAAGUUCCCUCUCAUUGUGCCAGAUAAGUUCUUUGUUUCUACCCAUUUAGCUGAAGACUCGCAUCCAUUCUGUGCCUCUUCAACAGAACAGUAUUAUUCCUGGAAUAUUGGAAAACGCAGGGCAUCAGAGCUUCAGCGAGCAGUGGUCGUUAAGCGGACCAUCCAGAACGUGUUGGAUCACUCGCCUCGCCUCCAAGCUCUAACGCCCCCAAAGACCAGAGAGGUGGUGCAGUGGUGUCGGCAGAGGGGCUACACCCCUCCUGACCCAGAACCCCUGCACAAGAAUGAUGACGAGUCCAUCGAGGACAUCCUCACGCAGAUUGACAGCGAGCCAGAGUGUCCCACCACGCUGACCAGCAGUGACGAGCUGGUGCUACGGCUGGAGCAGAUGCAAGAUCUGCUGAAGACCGAACCGGAGGAGGCCGACGACGAGAUCGUGGACAUUAUCACCGUGAUGCCACCGUGCCAGAAACUCAAGGUCAAGGAGGAGGAACAAGAGGCCGACACUGAGCCCAAGUUCUUCUUGGUGCCUUGCAUGGCGGCCCAGUUUGUCAGUGAAACAGCCGAGCAGAUUGGGAUCACCUUCCAGCCUGCGGAGGUGGAGAAGAACCUUUUUGCUCCGGUGAUUGAAGAUAUGAUAUUGAAGGCAACAGAGCAGUUGGCCAGCGACAUCCUGAGAGAAGCUCUGGCUGCCGCCUUUGCCAAAUCCCCUCAGAACAGGUUUGAGAACUCCCGCAGAAACACGUCGCCCCUUAUGGAUACGGUUGUUGUUGUUUUUUUCUCCUCCCCCACGCACAGGGCUCCAAGAGAGAUCACGCCCAUGAACGUUCACCAAGCCAUUUGUAGCAUCCCAACCUGUGACUUCCUCACCAACUCGCACAUGGGUUACCUAAUUAAGGACAACUGAAGCUGGACAAAGCUGACAUGUACCUAACCUUGAUGACGAGCUGGAAGUCUCCCGGAUCUACAUUCCCACCAGAAAGGUCCUCUCGCUUAAUGAUCUCAUUGACUUGAUCACUUAAAGGGCUCACCACCUUGCUGCUCCUAGACGCCACAGCAAGUGGCUCUUUUGUUUUGAUUUCCACAGAUAGUUGCACUCUCGCUUACCUCAUAAGUAGAUAUUUCUUUUUAUUUAUUUUUUAUUUUUGAACGAAAAUGUUUCCUGUCACACAGCCUGCUAGUUAAUCAUAAAAAGGAAGCCUGGGCCAAAUCAACCAUAGACUGACACUUCUUUAUGUAUUCCAAUUUUUCUUAUUCAACUCUGUAGUUCAUGCCCCACUUAAGCAAAUCUACUGUUGCCAUGGUAACUAAGGAUCUGCCAUGAUGAGCAUCCUUUCAUGUAGUACUGUAGUACUGUGUUACCCUGCGGGUGUAAUAAUGGUCAUGCGUUUGUGCAGGUUUUAUUCACGUGCCGCGUUCAAAACCUUUUAAUUCACACUAUGAUCGCAUAAAUUGGUAAAGGUUCAUAAUGUUGACAUAAUUUUUAUUACAGUAUGUGUUCUAGUCACCAGUCUCAGUAUUUAUAUCUGUCAAGUUGAACAACUCAUGUUAUCAUGUACACUCUUUAUGUGAUCAAUGUGAAGUACAACCCCAAUUCCAAUGAAGUUGGGUCGUGUUAAACAUAAAUAAAAACAAUACAAUGAUUUGCAAAUCAUGUUCAACCUAUAUUUACUUGAGUACACUACAAAGACAAGAUAUUUCAUGUUCAAACUGAUCAACUAUAUUGUUUUUAGCAAAUAAUAAUGAACUUAGAAUUUUAUGGCUGCAACACGUUCCAAAAAAGCUGGGACAGGGUCAUGUUUACCACUGUGUUACAUCACCUUUUCUUUUAACAACAUUCAAUAAACGUUUGGGAACUGAGGACACUAAUUGUUGAAGCUUUGUAGGUGGAAUUAUUUCCCAUUCUUGCUUGAUGUACAGCUUCAGCUGUUCAACAUUCCGGGGUCUCCGUUGUCGUAUUUUACGCUUCAUAAUGCGCCACACAUUUUCAACGGGAGACAGGUCUGGACUGCAGGCAGGCCAGUCUAGUACCCGCACUCUUUUACUACGAAGCCAUGCUUUUGUAAUGUGCAGAAUGUGGUUUGGCAUUGCAUUGCUGAAAUAAGCAAGGGCGUCCAUGAAAAAGACGUUGGCUGGAUGGCAGCGUAUGUUUUUCCCAAAACCUGUAUGUAGCCGUGGCCCAAUUGUUAAGAUCGUCACCCGCCACCGUGGGGCACCUAGGUUCAAGACCCCGACUGGACCAUCCGCCAACAUAACCCCGGACUCAAUGGUCUGGUGUCCUUGAGCAAGACACUGAUACCCUGAAAUGCUCCCCGGAUGCUUCAGCUGCCCCCUGCUCCAGUGUGUUCCACUAACAUGUGUAUGUGUUCACUGUGAUGGGUAAAAUGCAGAGAAAUAAAAUUUUGUGUGCAUGCAUGCAUGUUCAUGACAAUAAAAGGUGAUUCUUCUUCUUCUUACUGACAUUGGUUUUCUGAAGUGUUCCUGAGCCCAUGUGGUGACAUCCUUUACACAUUGAUGUCGGUUUUUGAUGCAGCACCGCCUGAGGCAUCGAAGGUCACAGGCAUUCAAUGUUGGUUUACUGCCUUUCCACUUACAUGCAGUGAUUUCUCCAGAUUCUCUGAACCUUUUGAUGAUGAUAUGGACCGUAGAUGAUGAAAUCCCUAAAUUCCUUGCAAUUGUACGUUGAGGAACAUUCUCCUUAAACUGUUCGACUAUUUUCUCACGCACUUGUUCACAAAGAGGUGAACCUCGCCCCAUCUUUGCUUUUUCAGGCAAUUCAGGGAAGCUCCUGUUUAGCCUGUUCACCUGUGGGAUGUUCCAAACAGGUGUUUAAUGAGCAUUCAUAAAUUUUCUCAGUCUUUUUUGCCACCUGUCCCAUCUUUUUUGGAACGUGUUGCAGCCGUAAAAUUCAAAGUUAAUGAUUAUUUGCUAAAAACAAUCAAGUUUGUCAGUUUGAACAUUAAAUAUCUUGUAUUUGUAGUGUAUUCAAUUAAAUAUAGGUUGAACAUGAUUUGUAAAUCAUUGUAUUCUGUUUUUAUUUAUGUUUAACACAACGUCCCAACUUCAUUGGAAGUGGGGUUGUAGAAGCUGUUUGCAAGUCUGUUUUGUAUUUUUAUCCAAGAUCAUAACAUGACAAAAGCGUGUUUGUGCGCCCGUCUGUAAGUGUGGUUUUUGGAUGUGUAAUCACCCGAUACUGUGUUGGUAAUGGCUUUUAGUGUACAACUUUUGCAUUUUGUUUGUGUGUAAUACUGACCAAGUGUUGGUCUGAGUGGAUGUUGAGGCUAUUGAACCAAACGAGUGUAGACAAUACCCCCAACGUUGUAUUUUCAUGUUUCAGUGAAAACCAAAAAUAUUAUCAAUAUUCUUGUAAUAAACAACAAAAAAGCUCCA